AUGCCCGGUGCAAGCGUAGCAGUCCUCCCGCCCCCCGCGGCCUCGACAGCGUCCUCGCGAAAGGCCUCGCUGGCACCCGAGCGCAAAUACAAGUGCCAGUUCUGCAACAGGGCCUUUAGCAGGAGCGAGCACCGCAGUCGCCAUGAACGAUCACAUACUAAGGAGCGUCCUUUUAAGUGCAUGAAGUGCCGGAGUACCUUUGUUCGUCGCGACCUUCUUCUGAGACACGACCGUACUGUUCACGCCAAGGAUGGCGGAAUUCCCCUUCACAGCGAUGGCAAACGCCGAGCCGGCCCCAAGACUCGAGCUAUCGGCACACCAGCGAAGUCAUCCAUCGCCAUCGACAGUUCGACACUAGAGCAGAUGGAAUCUGGCGCCGACAGCAUCUUCGAUGUAGAGGCCGCCGCCAUGCUCGUGGCAGACCUACACCACAAGGCCACUGCCGCGAUGCGCGAAGAUCAUUCCUACGAGGAUAGCCCGUCCAUGACAUACUCCCCUCAUAGCUCCUCAGUUAUGGAGUCAACAGUGACAUACCCAUCCGGCGCCAUCGCAUUGCCUCAGGUUCAGUGGGACGGGUUCAUGUCUCAAUCAAUGACCGAGCCCAAGGCGCAUUCUAUCACUUCGAGCACUUCUGGAUCCUUCGAAUCUCAGCAAUCUUUCGCCAGCGGAACCACCCUGCAACCUACCUCCAACCAGCUUCCUCCCAUCGGUGGACAGAACUGCAACGGCCUUGUGCCAGCACUUCAGUCAAUGAUCAACUCAUUACCAAACUCCGCCGCGGGCCCUCCCUCUCCCUGGGUCUCAGAGUCAUCCAAGUCCGGUUACAAGGCACCCGAAGUGAUGGGAGAUGACGAACGGAACGCAAUUUUGGAUCACAUUCGCAGCGCUGACAGCGAGCACGCCAUUCCCGAGGGUUUCCGUCUUCCUGGCCUGGGCUCCUUGAACCGUUAUCUGUCGACUUAUUUCGGUCUCUUCCAUCACCACCUGCCAUUCCUACACCCCGCUUCUUUCCACCCUACCAAGGUCUCUCCUCCAUUGUUGUUGGCAGUUCUCAGUAUCGGCGCCCUUUACGCCUUUGACCAAGAGCAGGCUUACAUGCUACACAUCGGCUCCAAGGUUCUUGUUAACCAGUUCCUUCAGAGUAAGGAGAACUUCAGCUCUCGCAAGUGCCCUCUGUGGACCAUGCAGAGCAAUCUUCUGAAUAUGGUGUUCGCCAGCUGGAGUGGAGACCCUAAGGGUCUUGAAUGGACGUGCUCAAUCAAGAGUCUCCUCGCCAACAUGGUCGCUGGCAACAGGUAUGAGCUCAAGCUUCGCCAGGAAGCUCGCGGUACAGCCAAGCCAACUCACACUGAGUGGGUUGAGGACGAGGGUUGCCGUCGUACAUACUACGCCGUCUACAUCUUCUUUGGUCUGCUAACUCUGACCUACAACCACACCCCAGCCAUCAGCUUCAGCGAGUUCGAGGACCUACAACUUCCCUCUACUGAGACGCUGUGGAACUUGCAGGUUUCAGACGAGGCAACAUGGCAGGAGCACCUCAAGGCGUCGACUACUGUGACCUUUAUGGAGGCGCACGACAACCUCUUCCAGGGCGAGACUCUCCGAUACAGCACAUUCGGAACACGCGUCAUGAUCAAUGCUCUCUUCCUCGAGGUUUGGUAUCACAAGCGCAGCCCCGAGGCCCUUCAAGACGUGGUUACCGAGUACAAGCUGCGACUCGCGUUGGAGACUUGGGAGAAGUCUGUCGACAAGUGUGAACCUGAGGCCUUCCCGGUUCCCAUCAGCGCCCCCCACAAGGGCCAUCCCUUGAUCUUCAACGCUAGGGCCAUGUACCGCAACGCCCGCGCCCGUCUCGAAGUUGACCUGAAGGCGGUGCAAGAAGCAUUACGUUACCAUGACCCCUAUGAGGUUGCCGCAGCCAUGACACACGCUCGGGAUCGCGUGAAGCGUUCGAGUGAGAUGAUCAAGGUGAUCGAGGAAUGCUACAACUGCCUCGAAACAGUCGUCUCCCAAGGAGUUCGAUGGAUCGCGCGUGUAUCGCCGACCAACUGGAGUGUGGAGCACGCGCUCUGCGGGAUGGAUCUGAUGAUCAUCCUGUCGUUGUGGCUGUAUCGCCUGGAACAUGACGAGGAGCCCGCGACCCAGGAGGAACUGGCUAUGUACAACAAGAUCCGUCAGCUCUUGGUCAAAGAGAUUGAUGAGAACUACAUGUCUCAACUGAGUGCAGUUGUGGCACGACUUUGGGGCUCCAUACUUGACGAAGUUGUUGUUUGGGGUAUUACACGACUCAUGGGCGAGUCCUUCAAAUUGCAUUCUCAGGCUCUCGUUGGCUAUGUCGACGACCCUGAAGCUUCCUCGAAUGUCAGCACCCCGUCUAUGACCUCCCAGGGGGCGGACGAGGACAGCGUGUACUAAAACUAAUCGGCGAUGACUGAAACGACAUUUCCUUUGUACGCCCACGGCUGGGUUGGGCUUUUCCUUGUCUCCUACGCAUAUACCUCUCUGUUAUUCUUUUGGUCUGGUCUGGUAUGGUCCGGGUUGGUUUUCAUCGUUCUCUCUGACUUCCUCGUUUCCGGCGCGAAGGGCUCAAGAGGGGGUUGGACUCGUCAUCUCUCCUUGCACAUCUAUUUCCUACGGUUAUUUCAUUAUCUCCUUGGCGAUACCCGAGACAGGGCGGGUAAUCGCAAUGUCGAAAAUCUAUUGCAGGUCUGUUGGUGGGCACAUUGGGUGCCCUUUCUUCGUCUCUCUCUCUCUCUUUUCCUCAGCAUGAUUUCAAAGGGUCAAACGGCAUUAAUCGGGCGGGGGUCAAGGACGGGGAUCGGGAAACGGUUUUGACAUUGGGCUUGCGCCCCGGACAGAGGGAACUGGAUCAUUUGCGCAGUGACAGCGCAUGCUAAUGAACUGCGAUGGCAGGAUGAUUGGCUGGUCCAAGAAUGGCUGGUGUCGCCUUCUACUUCCUCUGUUCUAUAUGCUAAGGCACCCUUAUUGUUUGUAAUGUCUGCUGGUCUUUCUUUUUCGGCUUGUGCGACCUGAAAGCUUGGUUCUGCUCUGGUCUUGUUUUUGAUUUGGCUACGAUUUUCAUUCUUCUCUUCUCUUCUUAACUGUUAACCUUUAACCUCUUCAUCUUUUUUUUUCCUUUUCCUUUUCUUGCCUUGUCUUUCAGAUACCUUGUUCGAUAUACAGAUUGCUUUUGUUUUGCGACCAUGCUCAGCGAGAGCGGCAUGGACUGGGACACAGCUGAGUAUCCAUGGACAGGGACCGGCCGUCCAGCGCCGCACCGUCGAGAGGAGGCUGGCCCAUUCGCUCGUGUAGGCAUAGAUGAUUAGUGUUUGCUUGAAUAAUCAGCACCUGUCAAACAUGA